AUCUACACCAGCAGCAGUUUCUCAACAGGAAGGAGGAAGCGUGUUCUCGUUGCGCUUGCUCUGUACUGCAAACCGAGUAAUGUCAGCGAGAGGCUGUUUGUCUGCGGCGGUUUACCAAAGGUAGAUUACAGUACAGCACAAGAACAAGCGAAUGAACAAUAAUCGGUACAGAAAACACGGUUAAUAAAGAAAAGACGUUAAAAGGAGGACGGUGAUAUUAAAAUGGCAGCCACAAUCGUCUAUGAUUCUUCAGAGGCAGUGGAGCUGUGCUCGGACCGGUGCCUGUAUCUGAAGCCCAUUGCCAAGCUGGCAAUCACAGUGAUGCUUCCAGAAUCGAGGGAGGCCAGCAAGACAGUUUCUAACUGGGAGGUGAUAGCCAGGCUCAAGCAGAUGGCUCAACCCCACCAAUUCAACUCCAUCCGGCUGUCCAGGAGCACCAUGGAGUUUCUCCGCUUUGAGGGAGAGUUGGAGACCAAGAGCCUGGUCCACACACUGCAGGCCAAGCUACACAAGAAGACCGUAGCAAUCCAGGGCUUCUCUAAUGGCUUGAGGGUCCUGGCUGUGGAAUCCCAAGUGGAUUUUCCCACUCAAGAAGAAUGGGAGUCUUUCUUUGGAGAAGAGAAGCCAGACACCAUUCACCUGGAGGGGCUGCCCUGCAAGUGGUUUACCCCUAAAGAGGCCAGAGGCGAGAGACCCAGUGAAGAAACCGUCAGGGAGGUUUUUGGACGAUUUGGACCUAUCCGCAACAUGGACAUCCCCAUGCUUGAUAUGUACAGACAGGAGAUGAGUGGCAGGAACUUCAGCUCUUUCGGUUUGGUAGGGCUGCACACCUUUGACAUGUAUAUCCAGUUUCAAGAACAUGAGGAUUUCGUCAAAGCCAUGGAGGCGUUGAGAGGAAUGAAGCUGAUGUUUAAAGGGGAAGAUGGAAAGGCACUGGCAUGCAGCAUGAAGGUGACCUUUGACACGACAAGCCACCUGAGCGAGGCGGCGCUGGAGAGGCGCGGGUACGAGAGACAGCAGCUCAGGAAGCUGGAGGAACAGAGGCAGCAGGAGAAGCUCAGAGAGAAGGAGCAAGAGGAGGCAGACAGAAGAAGGAAGGAAGCCCAGCGUGAAAAGAGAAGGCAGGAGAAGCUGAGAAAGCGAGCGCAGAGACAGAGAGACUCGGAGGAGAGAGGUCUCCUGAGGAGUGGCAUGCCUUUCAAAGCUGAAGAAGACCAGGAGGAGGAAGAGAGGAUGGAGGUAGAUAUUUGGGAGGAGAGGAAGCUGGUGUUGGCACUGAGGCGGCUACAGUCCAUCAGGCUUCUUGCUGCACUGCUUGAAAAAGCUCAACAUCUUGAAAAACUGAAGAUCAAAAGCAAUGUAACCGAACCAGAAGAGGAUCUACCACAGAGUUUCCCAGAGGAACACUUAGAAGAAAAAAACACCAGUGAGAAAUGGGAACAUGGAAAAGCAAACAAACCCUAUGUGGGUCAACCAGCCACAGUGAUGUCUGGCCACCUUUCAGAGGUCCUAGACGGGGACCAUUCCACUGCUUUUGAUGAACACACUGAUGAAGGUUUUGAUUAUGGACCCAUAAAAAUAACCAUUAACCAAGCCAGGGAUGCUGCCCCAACCUCCAAGCCACCUUCCUCUUCCAGUGAUGGGAUGGGUGGCUGUUUGUUUGACCGGGACUACUCUUGCAUAGAAAAGCCAUCCAAACGGCGCAGAAAAGAAAAGAUUUAUGAGUCGGAAGAGUUUUUGAAUUAUUUAUUAAACCAUUAUUCCUACCCAAGCUAUGCCCGAUUUUACCCCAGCCCUCAUCCUGCUUCAGAUCAGGCCUCAGGGUGGGACAGAAUGGUAUCUAAUAAUGGAAACAGCUUCCAAAUAAGCCUGAGGAACACAGACGGCAAAUAUUGUACUGAAGUCUGUAUCAGUCAAAACGAAGGGCUGGCAGGGAGUAACAGGGAGGAUCGUUACAAAUGGAAAAUCACCAUCAAAGCGACUGAGCCGCCACAGAGGGGCUUGGGAACUAAAGGCAGCAGGUUAAAGGGUUACAGCAGGGAAUUUCAGGUACAGUGGAACGAGUCCAGUCUGCAUCCAGAGGAGGAAGACUUGGAGCAAUCCAACUGUAAUAAGGGCUUGUAUAAAAAGUCUGCAGUGAAAGGUUUCAGGGUAAACAAGAACGAACGUCGCAGAGAGAGUGCAAAGGACCUCGAAUGUGCCUCGUUCCCUGCUGACCCUCUGCAUCCAGCAAGAACUUCUACUGAUCUGAAGGACGACUUUGAAGAGAUAAACAGUGCUUCUGAGUUCACUGGUGAGGAAUACCAAUGGGAAAAUAAGUAUGUCUGCGUGAAAAGCAGGGAUUUUAAAGAACAAAGCAGUGAGCCCAAAGCAAAGAAAAGAAUUGGUAAAGCCGCUACCUUUGGAUAUGGAAGCAGGAUUGAGGGGGGAUCUGAAGGUCAAGGGGAGACGGCUGAGCAUGACGUUUUGCAACUUGACGACGGCUCUUUCUUGAGCAGUAAAUCAUUGACAGCCAGCGAUCCAAAGAAGGUGAAAAAGAAGCGAAAGAAAUCCAAAGGGGAAGGAAGAGGCAGUGAGGCAGGUGUGAGUAAGAAAAGAAAAAAGAAGAGGAAGGACAAAAAGAAAGAGUGUGAAGGCUCAGCAAGCAGAUCCAACAGCGAAAACGAAGAACGCAGAAAAAAACACAAGAGUGUGAAGCAGGACAAGCUUCAGCACAGACAUCAGAAAAUCAAAAGUGAGUUUUCUUCCAGGGACAAGACUGAAAAAUGCAAACGGUCCAGGGAGCAGUGCAAGUCAGAGAAAUGGGCAUACCAGUACCACAAGCCUGACUAUUGGGGGAAUGGCUUUGGGGAUGCUUAUGACUGCAGUGAGGAGUUUGAUGGCUGUAACUAUUACAGUAAGAAAGGAUGGCAGCGCCACAACGGCUUGGAGGAAUACGUUGAUAAAACUGCAGCACAGAAAUGUGACCGGUAUGCUCAUAACCAGUUAGACCAACUUUACCAGGAGACUGGCACUGGGAUUAAGGAUGGAUAUCCAGAAAAAAACAAGCUAAAGAUUGAGACUUCCUGAUUGAACAUCUCUUCCUGAGUCUCAGUUUAUACAUGACGGUACAGGGCCUGUCUGCCUUAAACUCACAAUGUUCAACCUUA